AUGGUCGAAAUUUUUUUCAAAUCUCGCGCGACGGAAGAACCAAACAAGAAAAAAAAAGUUAGAAAGCACUUUUAUCGAAGGAAAACUAUCAACUUAUAUCUCACUAACAACUAUCAAUGGUUAUCAACUUCAUCUUCAUCUUUGGAUUCAUCACCAAAAGCAGUUCAUCAAACUAUUAGUACUGAACAAAACCAAUUGGCUAAAAAAAUCAUUGCUAAUGCUUUACCUAAAUUGAUUAAACCUGAUGUGAAGAAAGUCUUGGUGGUCGGUAGUGGUGGGUUAAGUAUUGGUCAAGCUGGGGAAUUUGAUUAUUCUGGAUCUCAGGCUAUUAAAGCUUUAAGAGAAUCGAAUAUUGAAACGAUUUUAAUUAAUCCGAAUAUUGCUACCAUUCAAACUUCUCAUCAUUUAGCUUCAGAAGUUUACUUUUUACCUAUCACAGCUGAUUAUGUUGCAUGGGUUUUAGAAAAAGAACGUCCAGAUGGGAUCUUACUUACUUUUGGUGGUCAGAGUGCUUUGAAUGUUGGAAUUCAGUUAGAUAAGAUGGGUAUUCUUGAACGAUUAGGUGUUCAAGUUCUUGGUACUCCUAUUCAGACUUUAAUUGUCAGUGAAGAUCGGGAUUUGUUCGUCAAGGCUUUAAAUGAAAUCGAUAUUCCAGCAGCUCACUCUACUGCAGUUUCAACCGUACCAGACGCACUUGCUGCCGCUAAAGAGAUUGGAUACCCUGUAAUCUUACGUUCUGCAUUCUCUUUAGGUGGAUUAGGAUCAGGAUUUGCUCAAAAUGAAGAUGAACUAAGAGAUUUGAGUGCCAAGAGUCUUUCAUUGAGUCCUCAAGUUUUGAUUGAAAAGAGUUUGAAAGGUUGGAAAGAAGUCGAAUAUGAAGUCGUUCGUGAUGCAGCAGAUAAUGUGAUCAUUUGUUGUAAUAUGGAAAACUUUGAUCCUUUGGGAACACAUACUGGUGAUUCGAUUGUCGUGGCUCCUUCUCAGACACUUUCCGAUGAUGAUUAUCACAUGUUACGUUCGGCUGCUAUCAAGAUUGUUCGUCAUGUAGGUGUGGUAGGAGAGUGUAAUGUUCAAUACGCUCUAAACCCUCACAAACGUGAAUAUAUGGUCAUCGAGAUGAAUGCUCGAUUAUCAAGAUCUAGUGCUUUGGCUUCAAAAGCUACUGGAUAUCCAUUGGCAUACACAGCUGCUAAGAUCGCAUUAGGACACACGCUUCCUGAAUUACCCAAUGCAGUGACCAAGACUACAACUGCAUGUUUUGAACCUUCAUUGGAUUACGUAGUGACCAAGAUUCCUAAAUGGGAUUUAAAGAAAUUUCAAUAUGUGAAUCGAGAAGUAGGAUCAGCUAUGAAAUCAGUUGGAGAAGUGAUGGCGAUCGGUCGAACGUUUGAAGAAAGUUUACAAAAAGCUAUUAGACAAGUCGAUCCAGCUUGUCAAGGAUUUGAAGCUUAUAUCAAACCAGAAGAUCUUGAUCAUGCUUUAUCUGUUCCAACUGAUACUAGAUUGUUUGCAGUGGCAUAUGCUAUGUUGGUGGAGAAAUAUUCGGUUGAUAAGAUUUAUGAACUUACAAAGAUUACGAAAUGGUUCUUGUAUAAAUUGGAUAAUAUCGUUCAGUGUCAUCGAAAAUUAAAGGGAUUAGAUAGUUUGGAUCAAGUGGAUGGUGAAUUGAUGAGAUCUGCUAAGAAAUUAGGAUUCUCUGAUCGUCAAAUCGCAACAUUGGUUUCGAGUUCAGAAGGUGAAGUUCGAACUAAGCGUAAAUCACUCGGCAUCACACCUUUUGUCAAACGAAUCGAUACAUUGGCAGCUGAGUAUCCUGCUCAUACGAAUUACCUUUACACGACUUAUCACGCUACCGAACAUGAUUUAGAAUUUGAUGAGAAUGGAACGAUGGUCUUGGGUAGUGGAGUUUAUAGGAUUGGUAGUUCAGUAGAAUUUGAUUGGUGUGCAGUCACAUGUGUUCGUAAAGUUCGAGAAAUGGGUAAAAAGACAGUGAUGAUCAAUUAUAAUCCGGAAACGGUUUCCACGGAUUUUGAUGAAGCUGAUCGAUUGUAUUUUGAAGAACUUGGGUUUGAAAGAGUGAUGGAUAUCUAUGAACUUGAAUCGGCUCAAGGUGUGAUUGUUAGUGUGGGUGGACAAUUACCUCAAAACAUUGCACUUCGAUUGAAAGAGAAUGGAGUCAAGGUUCUUGGUACCGAUCCAGAGAUGAUUGAUAAUGCUGAAGAUCGACACAAGUUUUCAAAGACACUUGAUCAAGCUGGGAUCGAUCAACCGGAAUGGGUAGAAGUCACCACGCUUGAUUCGGCUAUGAAAUUCGCCGAUGAGGUAGGUUAUCCAGUGCUGAUCCGACCAUCGUACGUUUUAUCGGGUGCAGCCAUGAAUGUGGUUUGGGAUCGAUCGACCUUGGAACACUCACUUACUGCUGCAGCUGAAGUCUCAUCUGAACAUCCAGUCGUCUUGACCAAAUUCAUUGCUGGAGCUCAGGAAAUCGAUGUCGAUGGUGUGGCUCAUGAAGGCAAACUACUUGUUCAUGCGGUCUCUGAACACGUCGAAAAUGCUGGAGUUCACUCGGGAGAUGCAACUUUGGUCUUACCACCUUUCUCAUUAGAAGCUCAAGAUAUGGUUCGAUUAAAAGAAAUCGCACAAAAAGUUGCCAAAGCACUUCAGAUCUCAGGACCAUUUAACAUGCAAAUCAUCAAACAACCAUCCGAAAGAGCAGAUGAAGAUGAUCAAUUGAAAGUGAUUGAAUGUAACUUGAGAGCAUCCAGAUCGUUCCCAUUUGUGAGUAAAGUCUUAGGAACGAACUUUAUUGAUAUUGCCACCUCAGCCAUCUUAGGAGAAAACGUACCCGAACCGAUCGAUUUGAUGUUAGAGAAACGAGAUUAUUGUGCGAUUAAAGUACCACAAUUCUCAUGGACUAGAUUAGCCGGAGCCGAUCCAUUCCUUGGAGUCGAGAUGGCAUCUACAGGAGAAGUAGCAUCCUUUGGACGAGAUAUACAUGAAGCUUAUUGGGCAUCAUUACUAUCUACUACUGGAUUUAAAGUACCUAAAUUGAAUUCAGGAAUCUUGAUUGGAGGAGAUUUAAAGAAACCUGAAUUGGUUUAUUGUGCAAAGAUCUUAUCUAGAUUAGGAUUUAAAUUAUAUUGUUCUUCGACGGAGAUUGAAAGUUAUUUUGAUCAACUUAGAUUUGAUUCAGCUUCAUCAGAUACAUCAAUGAUUAAAGUUAAGAAGAUUGAAUUUCCUAAACGAGAUAAACGAAAGUUACGAGAAGUGUUUGAAGAAUAUGAAAUUCAAUGUGUGAUUAAUUUGGCUAAACAACGUGGUCGAGAUGUAUUAGAUGAAGAUUAUGUGGCACGUAGGAAUUGUGUAGAUUUUGGUCUUCCAUUGAUCAAUAAUGAUAAAUGUGCUAAAUUGUUUGUUGAAGCUUUAGAAAAGAAAAUCCCACAAGGAGGAUUGAAAGGAUAUGUUGAAGGUAGUAUUCCAUCUGAAGUUCAUAGUUGGAGUGAAUUUGUUGGAUUAUCAAAAGGAAAUAGACCGGUGUGA